CAAAUUUAUAAUCACAUCUCAUUUGUUCUUUUUCACAAUCACAAUCAAAAUCAAAAUUAAAGUUAACUCUGAAUCAAAUGGCACCCUUAGUUUCUCGAUUGUUGUUCUAUCUUCUGCUGCAACUUUUUGCACUUUUUUGGUUGUGCAGUUAUAUUUCUUCGUAGAAUUCAUGAGCAGGUAGUACUAUUUUGUUCCUAGAGGACUCUGGACGUGAAGGCAAAAAGAGUGAAAAAGCUGGAAAAAGCUGAUACGUAAUGGCCCAGGUAAUCAGUUUUUGAAGCGAUAUCAGACUCGAAAUGCACGAUCGAAGCAAGGUGCUCAAUGGACAGUCUGGUGUCCGUGUUUAAAUGAUUGUCUUGUUACAGGAUGAUCAGCAAAAUGCUGUAUCAUUCUUGUACAUGAACAGCCUGAAGAAGCAUGUAUUUGGUCCCAACAAGCUAUGAAAAGCUAUCCGGAACUCAUGUCUUGUUAGAAUUUAAACUUGAGGUCUUUUGAGGUCCCGGAGUUCCAUAUCUUGUUGGAAUUUAAACGUGUGAUCUUCUGAUCUUCGAAGUUUGGGUUCUGGAACUUUGAACUUAUCUUUGUUACCAGACCAUCCCACUUACAGUAAAUCCGUUGAUGGAAGUGGUAGAGCUUCAAGAGGUACAAAUAACCCUUAAACUUCUCCUUUACAGUCCGGGAUGAUCCUUGUUCGUUUUUCUUUUUUUCUUUUUCUUUUUUCAAUUUUUUAGAUAGAUAUGAAUUAUUGUACUGUCUGCUGGUAAGCCAUAAGUUUGAGUUAUAAAUAACGGGCAGCAAAAGGUAGGUACACGAUCCUUGAAUUUAUUAGACAAUUUCACUGAAGAUGAAAAAGAGAGGAUAACCCCAUCUACGGGGUGAAAUAUUUAUUGAGCAUUUCAUGUCCGAGAGUUUGCAUGUGCCAAAGUAUAUAUUGUGGUUCCAUUGUAGAGAUUGACUGUGAGAACGUAAUAGAUCGAUCUCGUAGCUCUUUAUUAAGUGGUAAAUUCGAUACCUCCAACCAUAUCGUCCCGGCGUGCUCAUCCGCCAAGCCCAUCCUUGACUUCUAUUUAUCACCUGCCAUAAAAAUUUGGUCCUUUCCUUCCUUUAUAAAACCCCACACUUCCUUUCCAGAAACUCUCACACCAAACUUAUAGCACUUUUUGCUCCGGUAAAGUGGAAUGGCAGUCUCUAGCGAUUGCCCUUACCCUCUCUUGGCCCUUCACAUUGUUUUGCUCUUCUCGAGCAUCAAUCCCACGCUGGAGUCACGUCCGAACUUUCCCAGUUCCAGGAAGAAAAAUGUCCAUGGGAUUGUACACUUGAUGGAAGUGAAGUCGGUGCCGCCCCUCCCACGCCCUAAACUGCCACGCCUGCCGCCUUUCCUCUCCUCACCACCCCCGUUGACCUCUACCGAGCCAGUUCCGGUUCGCAAUUCUCCACCGCCAGAACCAACCCCGGAAUUGCCUCCUACACCCAGUUCACCUGCAGCAGCUCCCUCUUUGCCGCCAGUGCCAAAGAAGGAAAAGAUCCCACCACCACCACAGCCACCAGAAGUGGCAUCUCCACCACCUGUUUCGUCCAUACCACGACCACUGCCAACCCCGAAAUCCCCACCUCCACGACCAUCGAAACUGCCUCCUCCUACCCCAAUCUCAACUCCGCUUGCUCCCCACAUGUCUCCGUCACCGAAAAGUCAACAGCUCCCACCACCAUCUCCGCCCCCGGUUGUGGCCAUGCCACCUCGGACUGCCAAAUCUCACCCUCCACAUUCAGCAAUGCUACCUCCUCCUGCCCUUGGAUCACCACCCCCGGGAAGCAAGGAGCUUCCGCCACCCACAAAAGUGACAUCUCCUCCUCCGUCUUCGGCUGUACAGCCACCACCACCACCGAGAGUGAAAUCCCCGCCUUCCCAUUCACCCAAACUGCCCACUCCAUCACCAGUUUCACCUUCACAUGCUCCCCCACGGCCUGUUUCCUCAAUAUCGUCGCCGCCACCACCGAAGCCGAAAACGCCGCCACCGCCAACAAAGCUUGAACCGCCGCCUUCUCAGUCACCUAAACUGGCCACUCCAACACCGGUUCCAACUCCACAUGCUCCCCCCGCGCCUGCUUCCUCAAUAUCGUCGCCGCUACCACCGAAGCUGAAAUCGCCGCCUUCUCAAUCACCCAAACUGCCCAAUCCAACGCCGCCUGUUUCUUCAUCACAUGCUUCCCCACCGCCCAUUUCCUCGAUAUCGUCGCCGCCGCCAAUUUCCUCAGAAGCACCACCGUCACCGAGCUCAGUUUGUCCACCACAACUGAUUUUACCUUCACCAACUUCACCUGCACAAGCCCCCUCCUCGUCUCCACAAUCACCGGUAAGCGGACGAAUUUCACCACCUGCUGAGGCACCUAUACUGAAUCCGCCAGUUACGCGGCAAGAGCCUGUGAUGCCACCUGUGCCCGAGAACCGAAAGCCGCCCUCCACCCCUGAGCCAUGGCCUAAAUGGCCCGUAUGGCCCUUCCCUAAUGGGACAUACCCCCUGAUCCCUGUCAUCCCAAAGUUCCCACCAAUGCAUAAGUCUAAUCUGUCAAGUGCUUCUGUAGCCCCUUCCCCUUCAAACCACUGAAAGGCCCUGAGCUGGUUUCAAGAAUCUGCGGGGUUCCACUUGAAUGACAUAUGCUUCUUCAUGGGCUCUUCUUGCAUCUAAGAAAGAAAUUUUUUACAAGAAACACGAGACCAUCUCUGUUCGUUUUGUUCGGUCAUAGGAUUCGGUUUGUCUGUUUCACUGCAAAAUGUUUUACGUUAUGCCCAUUUAGUUGUAAGCUUUUGUCCAUGAUGAUUCACCGGAUGUCAUAUACAUAUUUUAGCA